GUUUCAUCGAUUUCAUUGACGAAUAUAAAUUUUAAAAAUAUAUUCGAAGCUUAUAAAAAACAUUAAAACAUAAAUAUUCAGUACAGUCCAGUGACCUCAAAAUUAGUUGGUUUGUAAAAAAAAUCAGAAAAAAUUACUUACCCUAAGGCAGUAUUCUUUAUAGUUAGCAAUGAAUUUUGCGAACGAUUCUGCUACUAUGGCAUGCGAGCCGUCCUCGUCCUGUAUCUCAGGAAUAUACUCCUGUUUACUGAACCAGAAUCCUUAGUAACUUACCAUACGUUCUCCAUGUCUGCAUAUUUUUUCCCAAUAGUUGGUGCUAUAAUUUCAGACAGUUUUUUAGGAAAAUUUAAUACAAUCCUGUAUGUUUCGAUGUUAUAUGCUAGUGGAAGCAUUCUACUUGCACUAGCAGCUGCUGAUCCCAUUGGGUUACCUAAAGUUGGCUUCUCAUUAUUGGGCCUAAUGCUCAUAGCAGUAGGCACCGGUGGUAUUAAACCAUGCGUCCCAGCGUUUGGAGGAGACCAAUUUCACCUACCCCAACAGGCGAAGGAACUAGAGAGGUUUUUUUCAUUAUUUUACUUCUCCGUCAAUGCAGGAGGUUUGUUAUCAAUGUGUAUAACUCCUGUUUUAAGAAAUGAUGUCCAUUGCUUCGGUAAUGAUAGCUGUUUUCCUUUGGCUUUCGCAGUGCCCGGAUUUCUGAUGGUGAUUGCUGUAGGUAUCUUCGCCGCAGGACGACCAACGUAUAGAAUCAAAAAACCAGAGGGCAACGUUAUAGUACAAGUUACAAGAUGUGUUGCGUGUGGAAUAAAGAAUAAGCUAAAGUCCAACGAGAAAAGGGAACAUUGGCUUGAUUAUGCAAAAGAAAGAUACGGAGAACAACUAGUAAACGAUACUAAGGUAUCACUCCAUGUCUUAGUUCUCCUUCUUCCUCUGCCGAUUUUCUGGGCUCUCUAUGACCAGCAAGGAUCAGGAUGGACCUUGAUGGCAGUCAGAAUGGAUGGAAACAUUGGAUUCUACACAAUUUUGCCAGAUCAGAUGCAGAUCGUCAACCCAUUGUUGAUUUUGGCUUUUAUUCCACUGUUUACCUACUGCGUUUAUCCACUUCUAGGAAAAUGUAACUUACUGAAGACUCCUCUGCAGCGAAUGGCUUGUGGAGGACUUUUAGCAGCUGGCUCUUUUGCCAUUUCUGCAUUUGUCAUAAUGGCUAUUGAAAAAAGUGAUCCAGUAUUGCCAUCAGCUGGUAACUUACAAUUAAGGGUAUAUAAUCCGUCAAAUUGUAUUAUGUCUAUUACCACCGAUAUGGCAGAAAUAAAGUCAUUUACGUUAGAUCCAACAUCUUCAUAUGUGGAUCAGGAUAUUGAAUGGAGUGGAACUAAAUCUGUAACAUUUACAUUUAAGUCUGAUACUAAAGAAUGCCCAGAUGGUGUGCAAAUGAUUUCUCUAGCUGAAAAAAACGCCUAUGGUAUUUUUAUCCAAUCAAAUGGUACGAUCCGCUUUUAUGUCGAUGACGUUGCUAAGAGCAGAACUGGUUUUCCUAGAGUGAGAACUCUGCCUUAUACUGAUGUAGAUGUUAAGUACACCUUGAAUAAGAAGUCAAUUAAUAUAAAUUCAGGAAACAUAGCAGCAAGAGAAUUUUUCAGUCCUGGUCGUUGGUCAGUGGAGGUAGGACAGAAACAAUUUGACAAAACUAUAAACUUAAAACUUGGUGGAAUAUAUGCUGUAAUGCUUAAUGAGAAAAAAAUGGACAUGGAUUAUACGAUAGUGACGAAACCCAAUGCAGUCCAUAUAGCUUGGUUACUUCCUCAAUAUAUUAUUAUAACUGCUGCAGAAAUUAUGUUUGUGAUCACAGGAUUAGAGUUUUCGUACUCUCAAGCCCCGGCCUCAAUGAAGUCUUUACUGCAAGCUUGCUUUUUAUUGACCACUGCAUUUGGAAACUUGAUUAUUGUUAUUAUAUCAUCCAUGGAGAUUUUUGAUAAAAAGAGUAACGACUUUUUCUUCUAUUGUGGACUGAUGGUGGCCGAUAUGUUGAUAUUUUCGUUCUUGGCAAUGAGGUACAAGUAUAUCAAGAAGGAAGAAACACCGCCAAGCUCAGAAGCAAAUUAAUAAAAUUAAAGCAGACGUAUCGAUAAUUCAUCCUUAUAAACAAUAAGUAAUAACAAAUAUAUUUUUACAUUGUGUACAUAUAUUGUUGUAAAUAUAUUAUAUUUUUUA